UAUGAGAAGCUACGGUAACUUUAAGGUUAUGUUGACAAGUUAGCUUGUUGUAAGCUUUUAAGGAAAAAAUAAAUAAAACACCUUUAAAGUAAUAUGACAGAUUGAUCAGAUUUUUUUUAAAGUGUAAAUUAUGUUAAUUUGUUCGUGAUUCCUAAGUAGUUCGACAUUAUAACCGCUUGAUAGCGUUGUGUUUAACUUUGCGUGUUAUUAUGUGUGAUGUAACGUUACUGUGAUAAGAUCGUGUUGAGUGAUAAUGGUUCAAAAUAAAUAAUAACAGUUUCCCAGAUCUCCCUAACGUACCUUCAUAAUUCAUAAAAUAAAAUAACAACUGAAACUCGUUCAAAAAUAUACUUACUUUCUGAAUCAUAUGUGAAAAAGUCUAAGUCCCUGGACAUUGUGAACUGUGACAAUGGCUAACAGAGUGACCGGGACAUGCUGCACCGCGUCUGUAGAGCGGGCCGGGCUGCCGGGCCUUCUACGAGAUCUGCAGCGACUCUCUGAGGAUCAGGAUUCAGCUGACAUCGUGUUCAUAUUGGGAACGGCUGAGGAGAAGGUCUAUGCGCACAAGAUAAUCUUGAUAGCUAGGUGCAAAAGUUUUCAAAAUACGAAGCGUGGGGAGGUGUGCCGAAUACCUGGCUGCACAGUGUCGCCAUCUGCCGGCCCACAACCAACACCGAUACGGAUGCCACAUGUCCAACCUGAAACUUUUCGACUUUUUAUCCAAUAUGUAUACACAGGAAAGUUACUGCUUCAAGAUUCUGGGGUUUUUGAAAUGAUGACCUUAGCUGCGGAUUUAGGCGUAGAAGACCUCCGAGCUGCUUGUGAGGAUCAUGUCACUUCGACUUUGAGUGUAGAGAGUGCUUGUACUCUGUUAGCUGCUGCUAUGGAAAUCCAGGAUAGGCCAGGAGGAAAAAGUGCAUCAUCUUUCAUGGAACGCUGUAUUGCAUUCAUUGGGGACAAUGCAUCAGACUGUGUCAAGACAAAUUCCUUUUUAAAUCUGCCGAAAGAUGCUCUCAUCAAGCUUAUAUCGUCAGACUUUUUGUACUUGGAGGAGGAGGAGGUGUGGCGGUGCGCGCUGGCAUGGGCCAAACAGCGCGCCGGAGUGGCGCAGCCCACCGCGCACUGGACGGAGGAGGAGCGCGCACGCGUCUGCCACCACCUGGCCCCGCUCAUGCAGCACAUGCGACUGCUGCUCAUCGACAGCACGGUGUUUGCGGAGGAGGUAGAGCCGACGGGUGCGGUGCCGAUGGAGCUGUCCCUGGAGCGCUACCGGCGCGCCGCGCUGCACGCCGCGCCGAGAUUGGAGCCGCGACACGAGCCCGACAAGCGCACGCAGCCGCGCUUGGCAGUAAAUAUGUUCGCCGGCUCAGUGAUCCUGCAACAAGAUAAGAGCGCCUUUCAGUCUCUCAUCAACAGCUGGUGCGGCAACCCGAAGCAGUCGUGGCGUCUGGUGUUUCGCGCCUCCACGCACGGAUUCUCAGCGCAGGCUUUCCACUCGCACUGCGAUGGUAUCGCGCCGGUGCUGGUGCUCGUGCAGCCGAGCCGCGGGCCGCCGCUGGGCGGCGUGUGCAGCGCGGGCUGGGCGGCGGGCGGCGGGGCGGGCGGGGGCGGCGGCGCGGGCUACGUGAGCGCCGAGCGCGCGUGCCUCUUCGCGCUCUCCGACCCGCCCGCGCUCUACCCGCUCGCCAAGAAGGCCUUCGCGCUCUGCUACCACCCCGACUGCGGGCCGAUAUUCGGCGCAGGCGCAGACCUGUUCAUCUCCAGCAACUGCCACGCCAACAGCGACAGCUACAGCAACCUGCACUCGUACGGAGACGCCCUGGCGCCCGCCACGCUGGCGCCCGACUACAACUUCACCGUGCGCGACUACGAGCUCUUCACGUACGGCCACAACUGAUCGUUGUAUCUCGACAGGAAUCGUCGUUUUCAUAUUGUCCUAUUAAACUUAUAUCCAUUGCAAACAGUUAAAAAUAUACAUAAAAAAAUGAUUAUUAUUUGAUACAGUUAUUAUAUAUGAGUAUUAUUAUUAUAAUAAUAAUUAUGUGAUAAAGAAGAAUGAUC